AUGGUUCUUACUCAUGAAAUGGGUCAAUCGACUAUUAUCGUAGUUGAUUUUUCUAUUAAGGAACCAUUACAUUCUUCUUUCCCUGUGAAGAAGGGUCAGGGUAAUAGUCUUUCUACUCUUGUCGAAGGAGGUUCUCCCAAACGGGCUCGCUUGGAGAAGGGUGGCGAGCAGGAUAGCUUUUUUGCAGAUGCUUCUUGUACUUUGUUCAGGGUCAAGUCCUUUAUUUCUAUUGUAGUUGUUGGCCAUGACGAUGUUCUGGGGUCUCACGAGCAUUCAAGGGAACAAGAUGAACUGAGAGAGAGGUGUGAAGCCCUUGAGCAGGAAAAUCAUGAUACUGAGAAGGAAUUGGAUAAGCUUCGGGAGAAUGCAAAUGAUAAUUUAUUAUGUUGUUAA